UUUCAAGUAUCGUUAGAUUAACAGACCACAAUCAUCAUCAAAGUUAUGGUUGCAUAGUUGCACUCUCAAAUUUCGUGUCCUUGCUUUUUCCAUUUCGGUGCGUACGUACGAGAGCUCCAAAACCAAACAAACCGGUUAACACCGUUUUCAUUUUUCCAUAGCCUCGGAACUAAAUUGUUGAUGCUUUUCUGUCAUGACUCAUGAGCCUAUAGAUAGAACUCGCCAACUUCAAUCACCGACAACAAAAGGCCAACGCUGAGAGUGACACACAACAUGAAAAUGCUGCAACCCGCCACCGCCGGAGAAGCCAGAUACGGCGGAGCCGAUGGCCGGACGGUGGUGGUGGGUGUGAAGAUGGACUCUAACAGCACCGAGUUGCUCACUUGGGCUUUGUUUAAAGUGGCUCAGCCUGGUGAUGUCGUGUUUGCUCUUCAUGUUCUUGGAAAUGAUGAAAUUGUGAAUCGAGAUGGGAAAUCCUCUCUGUUUUCGCUUGUGAAAGCAUUUGACUCUGUGCUAGCUGUUUAUGAAGGAUUCUGCAAUUUGAAGCAGGUGGAUCUUAAGCUCAAAAUAUGCCGUGGUUCAUCAGUGAGGAAAAUUCUGGUUCGAGAAGCCGUUACUUAUUCUGCAUCUCACAUCAUAGUUGGAACUCCUCAAGGUCUUCAUAAAAUUCGGCCAUGUAUAUCUGUAGCAAGGUACUGUGCUAAGAAGCUAUCCAAGGAUUGUUGGGUUCUUGCUGUUAAUAAUGGGAAAGUUGUGUUCAAGAGAGAUGGCUCACCAGCAACUCGUUCUGACUUGAAAGGACUUGAUGGGGAUCACAGAAAUGGGUUGCUAGGUUCGAUUCAAUGGAAACUCAGCAAGAGUUCAAAAGUGCUAGAUGAUGAUGGUACAGGGUUACAUGAUAAGGGUAGUGGCCAAUAUUCAGAUCACAGCUUAGCUAAGGCUUUUAUGGAUUCUAAGGAAUUUAUUGGGAAGAAGAGGUGUUCUAUUUGUGCUUCAACCCCAGCAUUGUUUGAUUCACCUUGUAACCAUUUGGCAGAAGAGUCUUGUGGUGAUGGUUGUAAUGAGAACUCUUUGGCUUUAGUGCCUGUGAAGACCAAUGAUGCUGCAUCUAGAAUGACCACUUUGCAUGGUAGAGAAGUAACUGAAUUAAAACCAGGUUGGCCAUUGCUACAUAGAGCAAUUUUAUCUGAUAGGCAAUGUUCUGAAAGAUCAUUGUUGCGCCAGAUCUCUGUGGUACAAUGGGUAAUGCAGUUUCCCUCUAGGAAUCUUUCAUAUGCUGCAAACCAUGGCCUUAAAACAAACAAUUGUGACCGAGAUAAAGAUCAAUUUUUGGCUCUAGAUAGCAAGAGUGGUGCUCUAGUUCCAGUGGAUGCUGAAAUAGGGGCUGAUUCUUCGCCUGAACAUAGUUCAAGAAAAGUUCCUAAGGAAUUGGACGGCUUCCACGAGAAGUACUCGUCGACUUGCAGAUUGUUCAAGUACCAAGAACUUGUAUCAGCAACAUCAAAUUUCUUGCCUGAAAAUCUGAUUGGGAAAGGAGGAAGUAGUCAGGUUUUUAGAGGCUGCCUUCCUGAUGGCAAGGAACUUGCUGUUAAGAUCUUAAAGCCUUCUGAUGAUGUUCUGAAAGAGUUUGUUCUAGAAAUAGAAAUUAUCACCACCUUGCAUCACAAAAACAUAAUUUCACUCCUUGGGUUCUGCUUUGAGGAUGGAAAUCUUCUUUUGGUCUAUGAUUUUUUAUCAAGAGGAAGCCUUGAAGAGAACCUUCAUGGUAGUAAGAAAAAUCCACUUGUGUUUGGUUGGGCUGAGAGAUAUAAGGUGGCAAUGGGUGUUGCUGAGGCUUUGGAGUAUCUACACAACAUUGAAGGGCAAUCUGUGAUCCAUCGCGAUGUAAAAUCAUCAAAUGUUUUAUUAUCUGAGGAUUUCGAACCCCAGCUCUCUGACUUUGGACUUGCUAAAUGGGCAUCUAGUUCAUCACAUAUAACCUGCACAGAUGUUGCUGGAACCUUUGGUUACAUGGCUCCUGAGUACUUCAUGUAUGGUAAAGUAAAUGAUAAGAUUGAUGUCUAUGCAUUUGGUGUUGUGCUUCUUGAGCUUCUUUCAGGGAGAAAGCCCAUAAGUGGUGAUUAUCCCAAAGGUCAAGAAAGCCUUGUCAUGUGGGCUAGUCCAAUUAUAAAUAGUGGAAAGGUGUCACAAUUGUUGGAUCCUAGUUUGGGUAAUAGUUAUGAUCAUGAAGAGAUGGAAAGAAUGGUCUUAGCAGCCACACUUUGUCUCAGACGUGCUCCAAGAGCUAGGCCUCAAAUGAGCCUUAUCUCUAAGCUCCUUGGAGGUGAUGCUGAUGUAAUCAAGUGGGCAAGACUAGAAGUGAGUGCUUUGGAAGUACCAGAAAUGCUUGAUGAUGAAGCUUGGCCACCUUCCAAUCUUCAGUCACAUCUUAACCUUGCACUGCUUGAUGUGGAGGAUGACUCGCUCUCUAUGUGUAGUGUUGAACAAAAUGUGUCGUUGGAGGACUACUUGAGAGGCAGGUGGAGCCGCUCUUCAAGCUUUGAUUGAGUAAACUACUAGCAAUUUGCAAGAAAAAGCUCUUUUUUUUCUUUUCUUUUCUUUUCUCUUUUAUAAAUAUAAAUCGUUUGUAGAUAGUUUCUUGUGUUGCUUGUUCCAUUAUCUUUGGCAUCCUCUGAGGAACUUUAUAGAUGGGUUUAGGAUGAGAGGUUGUUUGUGUGUACCCUCCUCCUUCCCUUACUUGUAAGGAAACCAUGACUUGUAAUUUAUAGGGCUAGUUACCCUUUGUCGUUUUACUUCAAAUGGUGCUAGUUUCAAUCCUUGAUCUCAAUUUGAUCGAGUAGUAAUAUGUUCUAGUGCCAAAAAUAUAAGAUAUAUAAAAGUUGUAUCUUGAACAUAACUA